UCGCGCCAAAAGCGGCUGGCGAUCAGCGCCGUUAUUUGUAUUUUCGAUUUCUCAAUAAGCCAAGCUGAAAAAUGGCAGAUACAACUAUACACAACACGUUGAACGAUAUUCAGAGGGAGUAUCAGGACUUUUUGGACGACGAUAACGAUGACGGAAGUUAUAGGGCAAAGAUCACCGAGAUGCUGGCAUCCAGUGGGCGUCGGUUGAUCGUCAACAUAAAUGAUCUACGAAGGAAAAACCCGCGACGCGCUGCUGAACUCGUUUCGAAUUCCGCUGAAGAAAUGAUGGCGUUCGAAUUAGCCCUCAAAAGCAUCGUGAUGCAAGCAGACCCCUCGCUACAGAAGCAAUACCGAGCACUGCGAUAUUCCGUUGGUUUGGAGGGUUCAUUUGGUAAUAAGCACGUUACGCCGCGCAGCCUUACCUCGAGUUUUCUUGGAGGCGUCGUAUGCCUUGAGGGUAUUGUUACCAAAGCGUCGCUAAUUCGUCCGAAGGUGGCGCGUUCUGUACACUACUGUCCGGCGACGGGUAAAACCAUAGAGCGAAUGUACACAGAUAUGGCCUCGUACGACUCGACACCAUCCUCGUCGAUCUACCCGACAAAGGAUGAUGACGGUAAUUUGCUGGAAACUGAAUACGGACUCUCGUCCUACAAAGAUCAUCAGACGCUUACCAUACAAGAGAUGCCGGAAAAAGCUCCUGCCGGUCAACUGCCUCGUUCGGUUGAUAUUCUUUGCGAUGACGAUAUGGUGGACAUCUGUAAACCAGGUGAUCGUGUUCAAAUUAUUGGCGUGUAUAGAUGUCUGCCUUCGAAGCAAGGCGGGAUAACAAAUGGAAUUUUCAGAACAGUCCUGCUAGCCAAUAACAUCCGUUUACUCACCAAGGAAGUUGCUAUGGAACUCACAGCUGAUGAUAUGAAGAAGGUCCGUCAGUUCGCCCGCGAAAAAGGCAACGAUAUUUUUGCCACGUUAUCGAAGUCGCUUGCCCCAUCGAUCCAUGGUCACGAUUUCGUGAAAAAAGCUCUUCUAUGCCUUCUGUUAGGCGGCAGUGAAAAGAUUCUUCCAAACGGAACUCGCCUCAGGGGAGACAUCAAUGUUCUGUUGAUCGGAGAUCCGUCUGUGGCCAAAUCGCAAAUGCUUCGAUACGUCCUUAAUACGGCGCCGCGCGCCAUUGCAACAACGGGCCGAGGUUCAUCAGGAGUGGGUUUAACGGCGGCCGUCACCGCCGACCAGGAAACUGGUGAUCGUCGAUUGGAGGCCGGCGCCAUGGUGUUGGCGGACCGAGGUAUAGUGUGCAUCGACGAGUUUGAUAAAAUGUCUGACAUUGACCGAACAGCAAUUCAUGAAGUCAUGGAACAGGGUCGAGUCACAAUUGCCAAGUCAGGCAUUCAAGCCCAACUCAAUGCUAGAUGCUCCGUUUUAGCAGCUGCUAAUCCCGUGUAUGGACGUUACGACCAAUAUAAGACUCCUAUGGAGAAUAUUGGUUUACAGGAUUCACUACUAUCUCGUUUCGACCUUUUGUUUGUGCUCCUCGACACAAUGGACCCCGAAAAUGACCAGCGAAUCUCAGAGCACGUUGUACGCAUGCAUCGAUACAGGAACCCAAAUGAGCAGGAUGGCGAGGCUAUGCCACUUAAAAACGUCGCAGAUUUCCUCUCAACAGACGACCCAGAUGUUGCUACUGGACAACAAACAACAGAGAUUUACGAGAAGCAUGACGCACUUCUACACGGCCCGCGAAAGAAUAACAAGGACAAGCGUGUGUCCUUGCAAUUCUUAAAAAAGUUUAUCCAUCUUGCGCGGCAGGUGAAGCCUACGUUGUCCGAUGAAGCAUGUCGUAUCAUCACUGAAGAGUACCCCCGUCUACGUAGUUUUGAUAGUGACCACUCGGAUAUGGCUCGAACUCAGCCGGUUACGGCGCGUUCUCUCGAAACGCUGAUCCGUAUUGCGACCGCGCACGCGAAGGCACGACUUUCGGCCAAGGUCACGGAAGAAGAUGCGCUCAAGUCUAUUGAACUCGUUCACUUUGCCUAUUUCAAGAAGGUCAUGGAGAAGCCUCGCAAGAGGAGGUAUUCGGCUGAGGGUUCGGAAGAUGACACCGACGAUGAGCGCAUGGAUCGUGAAGGCCAACCCAUGCACGAGGAUGAAUACGAAUUCGACGACGAGGAUGCACCUUCAUCACAGACCUCGAGGCCCAAAGCAAAGAGGCCACGCACACGGCAGGAAGAGGUCGAAGAGGAGGAAGCUCCGCUGCCAUCAAGAUCGAGGUUGGGAAUCGCUAUAGGAAUGGACCGACUUAAUCAGUUCCGCUCUCUACUGAACAAGGCUUUCAAGAAGACGGCUGGUAGUCAAGAAAUGGCCAUAAAUGAGAUCGUAGAUUUCCUUUCUAGCGAGCCUCUGUCCGAUCCAUUCACGCAGGAAGAGGUGGAGCUGGCUUUAGAAAAAAUGGCUGACGCUAACCAAGUUAUGGUGUCCGAAAAUACUGUGUAUCUCAUUUAAUUUAGCUUGCGUUUUUUCCUUUACCAUUUUUUCCUUGCGCUUUACACAGUCCGCAGCCAUGCACAAUAUGCACCCAUGAUGGUGUUUAGAAUUGCAGGAAAAAUGUAAUUGACGUGAAAUUCUGUCCAUCGCUCAGUCACGCCAUUUAUGUAUAUUACAAACAUUCUUAAUCAUUCGAAAUAAAGCAGAAUGAUUUUGGGAACAUUAAA